AUGUACAUCAAGAACUAUACACCUAAGCGUGGUUUUAUCAGACUCUGUAGCACAUUCUCUGUCAUAAUACCAAUGGACCCGCUGAGCUCUGGAUUUCUCAAAGGAAUGACCAAUUUAGGCUUCCGAUCGUCCCCUGGACCAGAUAUGUCAGUUAAAGACAAGCGGUAUUUGAGCCAAGUUGAAAAAGCAUUGGCCACGUUUGACGCCUUAGAUGAAUGGGCAGAUUAUAUUGCAUUCCUUUCAAGACUUCAGAAAGCUCUUUCUCUUUCGGAACAUCAGGAUCAUACCCUUUCUUGGAUUCCUGCUGCUGAAGAAGUGCUGGCCAAAUUGGCUCUUUGUCUAUCGCCCAAUUUACCCAACGGUGUACAUCAAAAGGCCUUAACCAUUUAUGAUUCUAUCUUCUCAGCAUUGACAGAGGCAGAGAUCAAUAAGUCGGUUUUUAUAUGGCUUCCAGGUUUGUUGCCGGUGGUGUCUUAUGCAUCGAUGCAAGUAAAACCACAGCUACUCGACCAUUUCAAGAAUCACAUCCUUCCACACCUCGAACAGGAAUCAUUAAAACAAAUCACAGAACCUUUCAUUCUAUCGUUACUUGCAGGCAUGGAUGAUCAAAAUUCAGAAGUUUUCGCCGAUAUCAUGAAGUUGAUGGAUGAGUUCAAAAGCAAACUCGACAACAGUUCUCACUUCUGGAAGACCUUCUUCACUUGCAUAAUAUCAAGUCCAGAGAAAAGAAUGGGUGCUCUCCACUGGUGUAACUCAAGGUUACCCAUCUUUGCGACGUUCAAGGAAGGAGACACCUCCAAGUUCCCACCUGAAGCUCAAGCUUGUUUAAAGCCUGAACCUGGAAUUCUUGCCCGUGCUUUUGCCUCAGUUUUUGCCUCAAACUCAUCUUUCAACCAAGCCAAUGAUAUAAUAGUUAUGCGUGGCUUUUUUGAUUUAUUACUCACGCACAUCCCAUUAGGAUCGGAAAUUCUUAAUUCGAUAUUGGCACCAGAAGACAAAGAAUUACUAGUGAUGACAGCUUGCAAAGUCACUUUGAAGAGAGAUAUGAGUUUGAAUAGAAGGUUAUGGGCAUGGCUUCUUGGGCCGGGAGUUAGCGAUGAACCUGAUAAGAGUAAGCAAACAACAUAUUUCAAAACUAAUGCUCUACCUGUGUUAGAGAGAGGUUUGCUCAAGCUUGUGAACUCAGAUGAUACUUCCAAAAAGGUUGAAGCUUUUCGGAUUGCACUUUCUCUUAUUAUGGAUAGGUGGGAAAUCAACGCGCUCAUUACACCCAGGUUGUUCGUACCUAUCAUCAAGUCAACCUAUGAUUCCAUGAAGCAAAGGGGAGAAAAUUCUCAAGAUGUUCUUGUAUCAGCAAAGUCUUUCUUUGAUGAGGUCGAAGCCAGUUUCAUUUGGCAAUACGUUACUUGUGACUUGAUUUUGGCCAGUUCACCUGAAAACUCGGAUAUUCUUGAGUUUCUUUUACGGAAUUUCAACUUCCCCGAAGAAGAAAAGUCACUUCAUGUGGGGCUUGCAAUUGUUGGUUUGCUUUCAAGUUCAAAUCUCUGUGAUAGAUCAACCUUGAUGCUUGAACUGUUAGUUGAGAUAGCAGAUCCUGCACUAUUUUCUCCUUUAGAGGAGAACACAGACUUGUCAGUAUAUGACGAAGCAAAAAUCCCAGAUAUGCUAAAGACAUUCUACAAUAAUGCAGUGAAGGGCGAAGAGAAAGAACCUCCUAUAGCUGGUUCUGCACUCUCAUUUCUCAUUUUAGAAUAUCUCAAAAAGUGGUACGUGGAAACAUUCAAUAAUAUUGAGUUCAGCGACCGCAUCUCGAAGCUUUUGAGUGAAUUUCUCUAUUCUAUUCCUAAUGUUGAUCUUGUUAAUCCUUUCCGAGACAAGGAACUUAUACAGGUUAUUCUAACUUGUCCACCAUGCCAUUGGGAAAGGAAAACUCAAGAAAGACAAGAUAUGUUACACACUGUAUUCGGAAUUGUAAGACUCUGUCGAUUCCUUGUGAAAUUCACGACUCCAGCAGAAAAGUCCAAAAUCUUGAAGAUUAUUUUAUCCAAUUUAUGGUAUCCCCUUAUUACAUCUGAACCUGCAAAUAAUCAAGUUGAGGCCGUUCGUCUCAUAUUUGAUUUAGAGCUCUGUUUUGAUAUAUGCCACAUUGAGGCCGGGAUUUUAGAAAUGCUUUUAAAGUCGCCGAGCGAAAUGAAAACACGUUCCUUUUACAAACUUUGGGCUCACUCGGCUGGUUUGAAUAAUGCCGACAAUCUUCUUUCCAACCCACUUCAUACUGUCCUUGAUGAUUUAUUAAGUACAGAAAAAGGCGAUUACAUGGCUGCCCAAAAGUUUGUAUACAAUGCUGUGGUAGAUGGGUCGGCUAAUCGGUUACUAAUGCUUAUUACUAAUCCCCUCCUAACAUUCGAAUUCAUGAAAAAACAACAUGUUGAGCUUUCGAGUCAUGAUGAUUUAAAGCUUUUUACAUAUUAUUUGCGAACUGUGCUGAAUGUGAUCAAAAGUAAUGAAAAAUUAUUGAAGGAUUCUUUCAAUCAUGAAUUUGUUGUGUCUGAAAGUACUGAAAAAUUUGAGCUAAUAAAGUCGAAUGGCUGGGACAUCUCCAACUAUAAAUCGCUCAUCAUCUGCAUUAUUGAAAAGUUCCUCAAUUUGCAAAUAUCAAAGGAGAUGCUAAAGGAUUCUUCCCAUCUUUCGACUUACUCUUCUUGCAUUUCGUUAGUUCUUGAUUUAUUUUGCCUUUUCUCAACGGGAUCAGAAACAGAUUUUGAAAACCAUUUCCACAUGUUAGUAAAUCGCUCUUUCAAAUUUUUCAAAGAGUUGGAACAUAAGCCUCACGAGAUGGAAAUAGUGGAAGCUAGUUAUAUUCAGGCAAUCUUGCACUUUUUGAAAGCUGCGAAACUGUUAAAUGUUGAUCUAAAAUUGGCAAAGCCCUCAGAAGAAUCGAAGAAUCCCUCACUCGUCAAUUAUAUCAUACAUGGGAUUUCCACAUCUCAAUCAUCGCUCUUAUUGGAAAAAUGGCUUUCUUUACUCACGACUUCAUUGUACAUGUUCAACGAUUCAAUAUUCAGUGUUAUCUUGACGAUCAAUGAUUCCUUGAUCGAUAAAUUGAUGAAAUACUUCGAAUUGGUGAGAAACUUCCUGAAUGAUAAUGAGGACGCAGACCUUGAAGCAUGCAUUAGUAUUUUGCUCUCAGGAUUUGAGGAUUUUCUUUCCAUAUGUCAUUCGUAUCUUCUUACCUCAAAUCUUCGUGCCACAGCCCAAACAUCCACAUCUGAGAAUGGUUUCUUAGGAAAUAUGAUUCAAGGAGUCUUUCAAAUAGAAUCUCCUUCUGUGCGUACAGAAGAGCAGAACAGGCUCUAUUCUAUUUUAAUAGCAUUCAGAGACGCUUCUAGAGCAGCAUUUAAGAUUUGGAGUUGGGCAGAUGCAAAGCCAGCAGCAUCUGGGUGCAAACAUGCCUCAGCACGUUCAAUCAACUAUUUGUGCACUAGACUCAAAUUCCGCUCCCGCAAAUUGCUUGAGUGCUUAAGUGAUUUGGAGAAGCAGGAAAUUGUUGAAACAAUUAUAGAGUCUCCUUCUGAUGUUAACGAUAUUGUUAAGAUUUUACAUGUCCUUGAUGGUGGCCGAGCUCAAAUGACAUUACCUCGAAUCUUGAACUCUAUCUUAACAAGAUGCGCGCUGCUGUCCGUUGAUGAGAAAUCGAGAUUCUCUCUUAACCCAGAUUUAUCGUAUGAAAACUUGUCAUCGUUCUUGGUCCCAUAUUUUGAGUCGCUUGAUCUGGAUACAGUAAAUGAAAUCUGGGAAGAUUGCACAUCUUUUUUCAAGGAUGUUUUGUCCCGUCCAUCUCACUACAAGCAACUGUUGUUGUCUUAUUUAGAGGCCGUCAAAGUCUUGUCAUUGAAAAUUGACUACAAGAGAAGUUUGAAACGAAACAAUAGAGAAUUAGCUCUGAUAUUCAUGAAUUUGCUCCAAGCAACGAUAAAUAAUAGAGAUUCGAUUGUUUCGGAUAAAGAUGCAAUUAAACGGUUAUCGAAUCUUGUGGAAUAUUUAAGCGACAUCCUCCAGGACUCUGAUAAGACUAGUACUGCAGUUUCGUCGAUCAUAAGUGCAUUUGUACUUCCACAAUUGAAGCAAAAGCUGGCUGAUGUGGAUGAUGCAAUAUUGGUCUUGAUUGAGACGAUUGGGUUGCAUCAUCCUCUUAAGGCAUGGAAACAGGUCAUUUCAGAAGUGUAUUCUGAUAACUCAUUUUUCUCCAGCGAUAAAUUCAUGAAGGAGGGAUGGAAAAACUCGGUGAGAAUCUGGGUGUCCAAAGAUAAGGAGAAAAUGUCCGAUUUAAUUGCAAGGGUGACUCCUUCUGUCCAAUCUUCUGCCGCUAACAUUUUCAUUUGGAAUGAGCAUUCUGAAGUGGAGGACAGGGUGUUCAUUUUGAAGCGUAUUUCAUAUUUGCUCAUGGUGCAACCAAAGGACUAUUUCGGCGAUAGUUUAAGUGAUCUUUUUUCCAAACUCACACUUGCUCUUGGCAGUUCAUGUCCUCCAUUGUACAAGAGAGAAGCUUUUACGCUCAUCCGGGCCAUUACCUUGAGUUUUAGCGAAAUGGCAUUGCAUUCGUAUUGGACACCCAUCACGCAAUGUUUGAUUGAGGUGUUUAGCCUGGUAAUUAAAAGAGGGCCGAAGGAAUAUGGAUCUUUGGACAAGGAGGAAUUGAGUUUUAUUUUGUCAGCCAGCAAGUUGUUGGAUCAGCUUCUCUUGAUUGGGUUUGAUGAGUUCCGCUUGAAUGAAUGGCUUUUCGUUUCUUCUGUAUCUGCCACUGAAGUUUCACGAGUACCCAUGUCAUUGAUUGACAAAUUAGCAGCGCUGACUGAGUCUCUUUUAACGAAAGAAGAUCCGGUGGUAGUUUCACAAGCAACAGACAGCGUGGAGGUGAAAUCUCUACUCUAUGGUGUGCGGUCUAUUCAACAUCUCGCAAGUUUGAAGAGAUUCUUUGGUCUGCUUAGCUACGUGAAUUACGAGCGGAAGUAUGGCUUACAUACAGCUGAUAUUGUUUCGUGUGAAACAGAUACAAUGAUGGAUAUCGCUUAUAAAUAA